CACGUCAUGUCAUUUAAAAUAAAAAUUAUUUAACGAUAAAUCAUUCAAAUUUUGAGUUCACGCGUGCUUAUAAGUUAAUAUAGCUCUAUGGCCAAUCAAGAAUUAUGUAUAGAACAAAUACUUCAGCCUGUCGUGGAAGAUCUGUCACAGGGCGUAUCUCAGCUGGUGCUUUGUAUCGGUACCCUUCAGCAUCAGGAAGUAGAAGUUUCUUCCUCGAUGCUGGAAGCGGUCAAGACGAUUUGUAAUACCACGUCGGCCAUGUCGAACGUAGCAAUCGAUCUGGGAAACAGCAAAUACGCUGAUGCUAAGGAAAUCAAUCAGGGUCUGCAGGCAUCGAGCUUGAGUCUUAUAAAGUGCAGUACAGACUUGUUGAACUCGUUCGAGAAAUUGAGGUCCGAGGAGGUGGACCGAAAAGCUGGUUGGAGAGCUGUGAUUGAUGCGUGCAAAGAUUUAGGGAACAAUACGAUAGAAUUGUUGCAAAAUGUCCACGAAGCCGACGUUUCCUACAUUUGCAUAAGCGCGGAGGCGAGUCUGAACAUCUUGAAGGAGCUCGAGGAGGUUUUCGAAAAGCAAGAUGCUAACUGGGGGCCGAUUGCACAGGAAGCGGUGUCGAAAAUUCAGCACUACAUUGAGUUGAUAGAAUCUCGAGCCACUGUAUCAGUGCCUUACGUGAGGUCUGGCAUAGAGAAAUAUGCGAACAACCUGAAUGAGUUGCUUGAAGAUUUGGUAAAAAGAGCAAAUACUUAUUCAGAAACUAGUGAUAAGACUUAUUUAGAUAAAGUGAAACAUAUAAUUAUAGAAAUUCGAAUAGACGUGGCUGAAUCGGCUGCGUUCAUCAAAAAGAACCACGUGUCUUUUUCCGUCUCUCCGAUCGUUGAGACGCCUAUUCUUGACGAGUUGACCAAACAAGAAGCACCCGCCUCGACGGCCUACGCAACGAGGGUGGAAAAGCCUCUAGACAAGUCUGCAGAAGUUGGUUCGAUGUUGCCGCUAACUCAGAUAACCAAGCUUUCUCGCGCGGUGAAAAAGGACCUGAGCGAGGCGUACGGUACCAAUGAUCCUAAAGAGCUGAAAGGCCUCAUAGACGACAAGAUUUCUCCUGACUUGACUGAGUUGCUGAAUGUGGCCAAGAAAGAAGCGCAAAACACGAACGACGCGGAGAAACGCCGGCGCAUGCAAGACUGCAUCGAGGAACUUGAGAGAAUACUUCCCGCUUACAGAAAGGCGCUUUCAUCUGGUGAAGAGGGAGGGCUGGAGAAGGAGAAGCUGAUGGAUACGAUUUCUUCUGGGAUUGAGUUUUUGGACAUGAUUGAGGACUUGCAGAGUCCGUACAACACAGGGAAGGAUGUAUGCGAUUCGAAAGAGUUGUUGGAGCACACUGGAAAGGAGAAGUUCUCAGAGACCGAUUUUGAUGAGUUGAGUGACAUGGUGACCAAAUUGGAGAACGCGUAUAUUCAUCGCAUGGCAAAUGCGGAUUCGACGGAUGAGCAGCUCGAUGAAGCGUUUCAGUGCUCGCUGGAUGCGGGGAGUUCGCUGAACAAGUUGUCUGAGGCGAUAGAUUCCUCGAACCAAGAGGUGAUCAACGAGAAGGCGAGAGAUCUGAGCCAGCUCUUGACAGACUUUGAGGACGAGGAGGUGAAGUUGGUGAGUUACAUAACAGAUGUGUCGUCGGAUGUGCUGAAUCUGUCGUCGGCGAUAGACCGGAGGGACUCACCUAAGGUGUUGAAGAUGGCGGACCAGUUGUUGAUGAGCAGCGAGAGGGCGCAGAAGCAGCUCGAAAAGCUGCUGGCAGAUCCGAGCAAGUGCAAGACUCUGAGGCAAUCGGACUUGGAAUGGAUGUCACGGUCUUUGCAAUGCUUGAGGGAUCAAGUGAAGAGGGUCAAGGAUAAAUACGAGAAGAGUGCGUCGAAUCCGGACGAAUUGGAGAAAUUGAAACGAGACUUUGACGAGUCUGCCAACACUUGGAAAGAUGCGUAUGCUCACGCGAAGCAAGUGACGGGCACCGAUGCAUCGGAGGAGGGGGGCAGUUUGAAACGCGCGUAUUACAACGCUGAAGAGAUAGACAAGGAUCUCAGUGAGUUGGACAGGCAUGUUUUUGAGGAUAUGAACGAGAUAGGAAAGCGGAUUAGGGAGCACAACCAAAAAGGGACGCCAAAGGAGCGCGAGGAAGACCUGAAGGAGUUGAUUGAGUGUGUGGAUGCUACGAUAGAGUCGUACAACAAGGUAGAUCAGUUGAAAGAUGAAGAGGACAAGGUUUAUCUGAAGGCGCAAGAAUUGUUAGAUCACGUUGACCGGUUGAAGGAUAUGCAAAAGGAGAACGCUUACUUGCCGAGAGACAAGGCAACUUCGGAGGGCUAUUUGCUGAUGGAGUCGGCGAUGAAGUUGGGGAAGAUGCUGCCGUCCCUGUCGGUGGAGAAGAAGAGGCCGGACAUGGGUGCCGUGAUACAGGAUUUAAAAAAAUCGCUUGAGGAGGUGUUGCACUCGAUGGACAUGACGAUGAAGAAGGAGUCUUUAGACGAUCUGCCGAAGAGCGCGGAAGGGAUGAAGAAUAUGUUAGAGGAGUUGGUGAGUGAAGUGGGUGCGCGUCCUACCCCGGCGCAGGCGCUGGAUUGGCAGGCGAAGAGGGCGAAGGACGAGUUGAAGGAGGUGCUGAAGGCGGUGGAUGACAAGGAUGAAGAGAGGUUGAAGGCGUCGUUGAAGGAAUUGAGGAGGGCUGGAAAUCGGCUGAAUUACGCGAGCAACAACUUGCCUUGUCAGAAUAAAAGUGAGGAGUUCCAAAGGCUUUUGCCGUUGAUAGAGGAUCUGGCUGGGAAUGCGAUGAAGGACAAGGGUGCGAGAGACGAGUUAGAGAAGAAGGUGCAUGAGGCAGAUAAGGCGAUAGAUAAGAUGUUGAGUUCGUACGUGACCAAGACGUCGUGUUUGUACGCGAUGGCGCAAGAGCUUGACCGAGUUAGAGGAGCGAUAAGGGAGAUGAAUCCGUCCGUGAAGGAUGGGGUGAAAGAGUUAGUGGAGUUGAACAAGCGUCUCAAGACGUUGGUGAGCCAAGACGGGAACAGCAGACAGAAGGAGUUGGUGGCGGAGAUUGAGGGAAAUUUGUACGACAUGAUAGAGGCUACGAUUGAAAAGAUGAAGGGCGAGGAUGCAGGUGAUGGAAAGGCGGAGGCGGCGUUGGACAAGACUUGUGCGUCGGUAUACAAGACAUUGGCAGAGUUGGAAUCGGACGAGUUGAAGAAGGGUUCAUUAGACAAGAAUUGGAAGGCGAUGAGUUUGGAGGCGCAGAGUGCGUUGUAUGCAGGUGAGAGGGAUGCGAAGAAGAAGACGCUGGAUGCGGUACGCUCGGCAAGGUUAGAGGUGUGCAACGAGGCAAGAGAAGACAAGAAGAAGAGGCUGAAUAACAUUUUGGACGAGCUCGAAAAGAACGCGUUAAAGUUACCGGACAGCAUGAGUGAUGUCAAGUCGAUGAAUGAAGACGAGUCAGAAGCGAGAAAGAACGUGUUGCGUCUAUUUAAGGAGCUUGAUCGAACGAGUUGUGAAGACCCCGCAGUGGAGUGCGCUCGUCAGUCGGCGCGAGUGAGAGCGGAUUUGGCGAGAAUAAAGGACGAGGCAUCUAGAACGUUGGAGUCCGAGGGCUGCAUGGUGGAUAGUGAACAAAUAGAGAAGAGCAUUGCGGACGUGCAGAAAAACACAUUGAAUUGGAGGGCCAAGUACGAGCAAUCGAAUAGGAUACCGAGUGACAGCAGUGCGGACCGACUGAAGGGACCGGGGGCUAUAGAUGGACGGACGAAAUAUUCAAAAACCCAAGAAUCGCAUCCAAAGUCGCAAGAGUUGCCAGCCGGCAAGCAGCGUGCAGAGCCCAAACAGCAUAUGAGUGAAAACGUGAGCGCAGAAUUGGGCAACCUGAUUCAAAAGGUGUCUCAUGCCAGUGGUAAUCUUGAGGAUGCUAAGCACGAGGGAGAAGCAAAACCUCAAGAUUUUAGUGAUUCUUUGAAUUCGAUUGUGUUAGACAUUUCCAAGUCGAUUCAGAAUUACGACCGUCCGAUUGACUCCAAUCAUGCCAUGAAUAGCAUUGGCAUUGCGAACUACCUGCAUGAGUUGGCAGAGGCAUCUCGCCAGGGAAACAGCAAGGACAUGCACGAAAAGGUUGCGCUGAUCAGCAGUAAUUUAGAUAAUUUGAUCCAAGAAAUUGAUGACGUGGCUCGUCGACUUGAGAAGGUUCAUUCCGCGGAGCACGCAAGGUUGGUCCAACUGAGAAUGGCCCUCCAGAACUACAAGGUUCAGCUCAGGAUUUUAGUCUCGGUGAAGGCCAUCUCUAUAGAGAAGAACGCCGAUACAGAUGAGAGUAUUUUAUCUAUUACCCGACUGAUAGGUGAAAAGUUGAAUGAGUCGCUUCGUCUUAAUUUCAUUCGCCGAGCUUUUCUCAAAGAUAAGUAAAAAGAUGAGAGAGUGUUGGGGGAUUACAUCGAAACAAGGCGCUUUCCUACCAUCUUCUGAUAGGAUGCGUCCUUGCGUUGGGAUGCUGUCGUACAUUUGUAGUCUUGGUUGUGAAGUCGUUGUCACUUCUAUAAAGGAGGCAGGCUUGACGUCAUGUCCCGAGAGACGUCAGCCGACCACUAGGUUUUAUUGGGUCCACACGCCCUCCGCCGAGCGUGCAGAACGUUCGAGAAGAUGCCACGGAGGCAGUCGAAUGGACGAGAGGUCCGAAACGCGGUUGAUAAAAAAUUCCCCUCACGCGAACCACAUGUUCGAGUUGAAAAAGCCCUUUCACAAACGUUUUUCUUUGGCGUUCAAAAACAGGCUCAUCCGACCGAAGAAUUCCUCUGACGUCUCUUCGUUCUCGUCGCUUAGCAUUUCCUUGCACACUUCGAUCGUCUUUUUAACUCUCUGUUUAAAUAGGGAGUCUGGCACGUGUUUGUUUGCUUGUUGGUGAAUGAGCCAAGAGAUGAUUUCGCCCU